AUGAGUUUGAGCGGUCUUCUUGUUGUUGUUUCCGUUAUGCAUCUCCGCUGUACAUUUUUGUGCGUCUCUCCACAUACUCUGCCCCCUCUUUUCUACCUAUUUGCUUUGUGUUGCUGCAGGCACACACAACCACACACACACAAGAUGCACAUUGCAGUGGAUUUGAAUGCACCUUUUGUGGUGCAUGCUGGCAGUUGCGUGUGGCGGCUGUUGUCUUCUUCCGUGGCCAUGAGGAGGGGGAGAGAGAGGGAGCGCACCCCGAGUCUAAUUUCCUGUGGGUGUGAUGCACCGCGUGUGGCUGCGUUGAGUUGGGCUCCGUGUCCCAUUGAGGGUGGAAUGGCAGGAAAUUUUGUUGCCGCGUCAUGGAUGGAUGAGGGUGCACUUGCGCGUGUGGCUGUUGUGGUGGGUGCUUGCUCCGUGUGUGUGCUGCUGCUGGGAGUCCUGGAGAUGUAUCUGGUGAUGCGGAUGCGGUGGUUGUGCCGAUGGAUGUGUCGUGUGCUCCGAGUGACGGCAGCCUGA